GAAAUAUGAAACCAGGGGGUGCGAAAAAAGUUCUUUUUUAAUUUUUUUUUUGGGUUUGGCUUAGCACCGGCCCAGACAGAAAAUGAAGAGGGGUGCACGUGAGAAACGGGGGCGUACACAAAGUAGAAAGCGUUUUUUUUUUUUUAUUCUUUGUAAGCUGAAUCAGAAGGCCCAAGGCCUUUUUGCUUCUCAGAUCUGGAAAAACCCUUAGGGGUUCUCAUAUCCUAACUCAUUCCGCUCAAACGAAGAACACAAGGCCUAGAGCCUCUCUCUCACUCUGCCGGCAAAACCCAAAGCCACCGUCUCCACCACCGGUUUAUCGCGUCGCCGGCGAUAGUAGAUGCCACCGGAACCAUGGCCAGCCACGGCGCCACCGCCAAUCUCUUCCCUCCUCCCCCUUCGUGCGCGAGAAGAUGUACGCUUGCCCCUUGGACGCGUCCUCGCCGUCACAGACGAGGCCAGUCGACGCCGCUGCCAAUGUCGUCGUCGCCGUCAACCCCACCAUUUUUCCUUUAUCGCGUGUGAGGGAGGAACUCACCUCUCUCCUUGCGACGUCACCGCUGUCCUUGCCGGAGACGCUUCCCCACUGGCGCCACCAGCACCGUUCUCUUCCCUCUCUGUUCUUUCUUUUCCCUCAAACUCCAGGCGCCUCCAGCAGCACCGUCGCCGGUGUCGGGGAACUAAAUGCGUUUUCCUCUCUUCUCAUUUUUGAAUGCCACUUAUUGAUUAAUUUCUUCUAUUGUUUGAUGUUUUGUGUACUGAGAUUGGGAAUGAUGAGUGUGAUAGUGAAAAGGAAACAAAUUUGCAAUGGCCGAGAGAAACAAGAUGGAAUUGGUGGAGACGGUACCGUAAACAACUCAGGGAGAUGGGUUCCUCUUUCUUUCUUUGCAACUGAGAAGAAUCAAGUGGCUUUGAAGUAGAGAAGUAGAAAAGGAUUUUUUACAGUUUCUGGCCAAGGCGUACUCAAAGAAGGGGAUGAAAAUGUGAUCAAGAAUGUUCCAAUGCUUAUUUUGUAUGAUACGUGUUGACAAUGCCAUAGGGAGGUUUGGAUAUGGCGGUGGAUGAAAACAUGUGUGGCGUGUUGGUUGUGGACGUCGGGAAUGGAGGGGAGGAGUGGUAGCUACGCUGUUGCCAAGAGAAAUGCGAUGAAAACAGUAGUGGUGGCGUCGUGAAUGACUCAAGGAGGUUGGGUUAGUUUUUUUUGCUUGGUUGUUGACUCCAUUGGACAGGUGAGGAGGAACAGAGCAUGGGAUUAGUGGAGGAUAAUGAUGGAGAGCGGGAAAGGUUCAUGUGACAAUAUCAUACACGAUUAUACAGAACAUAAUAGGAAAACAUUCGAUAACAGUCAUAUGCAAGCACAGCAGCACCAAUAUAACAAUAUGUUCAAGGGCAAGCCACCAGUUUUUACUAAAAACGUGGAGUACAAUGCAUUACUUACCUCUUG